AUGCCCCAACAGUACUGCCUCAGGUGGAAGCAUCAUCACUCGAAUGUGCAAAAUAUGUUCGCUCAGCUAUUGGAAAAAGAACGAUUUUGCGACGUCACAUUAUAUUGUUCGCCAAGCUUCGCGACGCAGGUAUCCGGCAAGGAUCCCGUGGAACCACAGAAAAUACGAGGAGUUUCCUUAAGAGCUCAUAGGGUAGUGCUAGCAGCAUGUUCAGAGCUACUCGGAGCGCUUCUCGGCGCCCACGAUGCUCAGGGUGAGCCGGUGCUUGUCAUAGAUGGUGCAGAACCGAAGCACUUGAAGGCACUCCUCGACUACAUGUAUACCGGAGAAAUGAACGUUCAUCAUGUAAGUAUGAUCUUCUUCUUCUUCCCUAGAGUGAAGUUCUAUAACAUUUUGAGUUAA